CCUCUAGGCGACCCUUGCUCCCUUGCUGGCGCUGGCUGCAUGCCCGGGCGACGCUUCCGCUCACUAGCACCACCAGCUCAACUCCCGCCAAGCAAGGGCGUGCGCGCAUCCAACCUCGACACGCCCGCUGGGUGACAACAUCACCAGAGCUCGUCGACCCCAUCGCACCGGCCCCCAACCCAAACACCGCCAUCUCCGCCAUCACCACCACUUCCACCACCGCCGCCGCAUCCAUCCCAACCUGCCCGCCCUCUGCCCUGCGCGACUGGUCCCGCUGCACACUCGACUUCUCGCUCCCACCCCAUCACCACUACACGCCUCCGCCCGCCCGGACUGCGAGCGCCAGCGCCUGUAGCCAUGGGCAUCUCCGACCUCUGCUACCGUUUCUUCUGCUGCGGCGCCCGCUCGAGGGACAGCAUAUACGAUCCUGUGCUCGCAGAUAGCGAGAGGGAAGCUGUUGCCGACCUGCUUGGCUUCCUCGAAAAUCGAGCCGAGACCGAUUUCUUCUCUGGGGAACCCCUCCGCGCCCUCAGCACGCUCGUCUACUCGGACAACAUUGAUUUGCAGCGGUCGGCAAGCUUGACUUUUGCCGAGAUAACAGAGCGAGAUGUACGAGAGGUCGACCGCGACACGCUCGAGCCUAUCCUGUUCCUGCUCCAGAACCCAGAUAUCGAGGUGCAGCGUGCCGCCAGUGCCGCCCUGGGCAACCUUGCCGUAAACACUGAGAACAAGGUGGCCAUUGUCGCUCUCGGUGGCCUGGCACCUCUGAUCAAGCAGAUGAACUCGCCCAAUGUUGAGGUGCAGUGCAACGCCGUUGGAUGCAUCACCAACCUGGCUACCCACGAAGACAACAAGGCCAAGAUUGCACGAUCAGGCGCCCUCCAGCCCCUCACCCGCCUCGCAAAAUCAAAGGACAUGCGCGUCCAGAGGAAUGCGACUGGUGCGCUGCUCAACAUGACACACUCAGACGACAACCGACAGCAGCUGGUAAACGCCGGAGCAAUUCCCGUACUCGUUCAGCUGCUCUCUUCGUCCGAUGUCGACGUUCAGUAUUACUGCACCACCGCCCUCAGCAACAUUGCCGUCGACUCGAGUAACCGCGCCAAGUUGGCACAGACCGAAGGCAGGCUGGUUGGCUCCCUAGUCCACCUCAUGGAGUCUUCGUCGCCCAAAGUCCAGUGCCAGGCCGCCCUCGCCCUUCGCAACCUUGCUUCUGAUGAGCGUUACCAGCUUGAGAUUGUGCGCGCUCGUGGUCUGCCGUCUCUUCUUCGUCUCCUCCAAUCCUCAUACCUCCCGCUUAUUCUAUCCGCCGUCGCAUGCAUACGAAACAUCUCCAUCCACCCCGCCAAUGAGUCACCUAUUAUUGAAGCCGGUUUCCUCAAGCCCCUCGUAGACCUACUCGGCUCCACUGACAACGACGAGAUUCAAUGCCACGCCAUAUCCACACUCCGCAACCUCGCUGCUAGCUCUGACAAGAACAAGCAAUUGGUCCUCGAGGCUGGAGCUGUGCAAAAGUGCAAGUCCCUUGUAUUGAAUGUGCGACUUCCAGUGCAGUCAGAAAUGACUGCGGCAAUUGCUGUACUUGCACUAAGUGAGGAACUGAAACCUCACCUGCUGAACCUGGGUGUCUUUGACGUUCUCAUCCCGCUCACAGAAUCCGAAAGUAUUGAGGUGCAGGGCAACAGUGCUGCUGCAUUGGGCAACUUGUCGUCAAAGGUGGGCGAUUACUCGAUUUUCAUCCAAAACUGGACAGAACCCGCCGGCGGAAUCCAUGGUUACCUGCGCCGUUUCCUCGCUAGCGGCGACCCAACGUUCCAGCACAUUGCCAUCUGGACACUCCUACAAUUACUCGAAUCCGAAGACUCAAGAUUGAUGGAGCACAUCAGCAAGUCGAACGAGAUCAUCGACAUGGUCACCGAGAUUGCCGAACGCAACAUCGAGUCGGACGACGAAGACAACGAGGACGGCGAGGGCGAGGUCGUCACCCUUGCACGCAGAUGUCUUGAGUUGUUGGGCAAGAGCCCUAAGACAUUUGUCGAAGGAUAGAAGACCGUCAGAUCGCACUUUAUACCCUGUUUAUCGGUUGUCGACUGCUUUUUGCGCUCCUGUUCUCACCGCCGUAUUCAAUUUUUUCUGAUUAUGCGUUCAUGUUGAAGACUGCUUCCAAGCAUUUGGAGGGUUGGCGUUCAGGAGCAGAUGUAUCCUCAGUAUCUCUAGCGAGCAUUGGUGGAGUGGGCUUUUACAUACAUUGGCAUGCACACAUGUUACCACUACUCUUACUCCCCUACACCGACGAGAAAAAGAAAUUUGUAAUUGAUAGAUUUGGAGGUUCUUGGGCAUCGUGGAAAUGAAACUGACGGUGUUCGUUUUUUCUUUCGAUUCCUUGACCCCCGGCCGACG